UCGCUGUCAUAAAGUAUGUGAUUGUGCGUGGGACGGACGCAGCAAUAAAUUAAACAUUCCGACGUGCCCAACGUUCACAAGACGUAGUUUCCUAGUUCCUAUACGGCUACAAAGUGCGCGAUACGACGUCGCCCUCGUGCAGCAAGAUGGGUCGGUCGCGUUCGCGCAGCAAAACGCCCCGCAAACACCACAAAAGCAAACAUCACAAACGCAGCAAGUCGCGCGAUCGGGAUCGCUCUGAGCGCAGCGCUAGCAAGACGUACAAAAAUGACAAAACCAAGGAGAGGAGCUCCAAGUCUCGAAAAAGAUCACAUUCCGUAUCUUCAUACUCUAGUAGUGACGGUUCGGUGGAUCUAACACGCUCAAAACACAAAAAAUCAUCACGGACCCGCACUAAAAUGGACGAAGUGGAGCGAUUAGCCGAGAUGGAGCGACAAAGGCGGCAGCGCGAAGCUGAACAGCGCCUUGUCGAGGAAGAAACCGCCAAGAGAAUCGAAGAGCUCGUCACCAAACGAGUCGAAGAGGAAUUGGAGAAGCGUAAAGAUGAGAUUGAGCGCGAGGUGGCGAAACGAGUCGAGGAAGCAAAACAGAUAAUGGAGAAGCAAAUGAUGGAGGAGAUGGAGCGCCGCAAAGAACGCCAACUGCAGGAAGAAAAACACAGAGAGGAGGAAGAACGGCGGAAACGCGAGGAGUUGGAACUGAUCAUGGCUGAGAAUAAUAAGAAAAUCGAGGAGGCUCAAAGAAAACUCGCUGAAGAAAGAUUAGCAAUGGUAGAAGAACAAAGGAAGAUGGAGGAGGAGCGACAGCGCAUGCGCAAGGAGCAGGAGAAACGCAUCAAGGAGGAACAGAAAAAGAUCCUCGGCAAGAACAAUUCGCGCCCGAAGCUCUCCUUUUCGCUGAAGCCGGUGCUCUAGUGUUUAGUGCGCGUCGUGCUUGCGCGGACUGAGUUGUUAAGAUGGACACCAUAUGCUUCCGGGCGCCAUUUUGACGAGUGCGCAGAAACUCUAGUUAUUGCAUGCAGUUUUAGUUCACUUAAUCUAAUUACGAAUAACGCUCAGGUGUACAUAAUCCCCCCUUUUACGCCCCUGCCCCCCAAAUAAUUAAGUAAUGCGCCUAAUCGGUCGAUGUGUACAAAAUGUUAUCGAUCAUGUUUAAACAAUUGCACUCAUAGUUUUUAAACACGUAUCUUUUCUUAAGUAGUGUAUUUAUCGAGUCAACAUUUUCAAUAAAAUUCAUUUUAUAGGGA